GUGACACAGUGUUUACAUCCUCAGCUGUUUUGGAGUUGGAGUUGAGGAAGAGCGGUGGUUCAGCUGGAGCGACUGACCGAGCAGGGCCCCGAGGUUCGCGGCCUCAUUGUCCCGGUCUAGCUCCCUGCACACGUGAGACAAGCAGUAGUGCUGUAGAAAUGCUCCCACGUUUAUCUCAAAUUCAGUUUUGGGAAUCGCUUGCAUUGGCUUUUGGAGGUGGAAGUGGAUCCAGUGUCUGCCUAAAUAGACUUCCUAUUUGCUGUACAUACUAACCUAACUCUGCUUCACAUCAAUUCUGAGAAUAAUCUUCAUUUACUUCAGCGUUUCUACACAUUGCAUUCUAUUGCAGCACUGUGAUGUCCUAAGGCCUCCGUAUCUAGGCUUGUGAAGAGAUACACUAUUGUCACCGACCGCUUAUGCAUUAUCCAGCGAACUCAAUGUUCUAACAUUUUGUGGAUCUGAUCUGAUUUCCCAACACGUGGAGUCAUGGGUGGAGCUGUGAGUGCUGGUGAAGACAAUGAUGAUUUAAUUGAUAACUUAAAAGAGGCUCAAUACAUUCGUACUGAGAGAGUAGAACGUGCCUUCAGGGCCAUUGAUCGUGCAGAUUAUUAUUUGGAGGGAUAUAGGGACAAUGCUUACAAGGACCUCGCUUGGAAGCAUGGCAAUAUACACCUAUCAGCACCUUGUAUUUACUCUGAAGUAAUGGAAGCACUGAAACUUCAACCAGGAUUGUCUUUCCUGAACCUUGGCAGUGGCACUGGAUAUUUGAGUACAAUGGUGGGCUUAAUUUUAGGCCCUUUCGGGAUAAACCAUGGAAUUGAGAUUCAUGCUGAUGUAGUAGAUUAUGCCACAGAGAAGUUGGACAGUUUUAUAAAAAACAGUGACAGUUUUGACAAACAAGAUGGUUUAAAAAGGCGUUUAACAGCCUUGCCUUCAUUGCUGAUUCCUUUUGAGUGUAGGAGUUGGCUUACUCAGAUAAUACGCACGGGACAAAAUACCUGGGAAACCAAAAAUAUAUUGGCUGUUUCAUUUGCUCCUCUUAUCCAACCAAAUAGAUCAGAUUGCUUCAAGUCAGAGAAUGUAAAACUUCCACCAGUGACUGUACGAUGCCUCCAGGACUUGGCAAGAAUUUACAUUCGCCGCAAUCUUAGAAACUUGAUAAACCAAGAGAUUCAGGCCAAAGGCAUUCCUCAGAAGGCUGCACCAAAACGGAAACGCAAGAAGCUUCGGAGGCGUAAAAUUGAUACCUAUGUAUUUGUAGGCAAUCAAUUGAUACCGCAACCAUUUGACAGUGAUGAGGAUGACAAAAUGGAAGAAAAUAAAGAAGAAGAAGAAGAAAAAGAAAUGAAUGAAGACCUCAAACAGGAAGAAGCUUCCCCAAAUUUACUUCGAGAAAGAAUUCUGAGCCUGCCACUACCAGAAUCUUUGAAAUCAUACCUAACCUUCUAUAGGCAAAAAUAGCACUGAACAAAAAUAAUCCUAAAGGUAUCUAUAUUCACUGAUGGCUCUUCAAAAUCUCAAAUGUAAUGUAGCAUUUUCUUGAAUAAUCUCUUCAAAAAUGAUAUGCUUGAAUAUAAAGAAAGCAGUUUCAAAUAGUAAAUGUAUGAUUAAAUUGGUUUAACUUGACUACUUUUAAUUAAAUCGUAUCAGUUCGCGUUUGAAGAUGAAAGCAGAAUACUCCUUCAGAUAUACACAUUAAUCUUGAGAUUUCUGAUGGUAUAAUAACUUUUUGACACAAAUGUUAUCACAUUUUCUAUGAGAAGAUGAAAAAUAGGUUAUUUUUAAAGUUAUGAAAAGAUUUUAAACAUUUAAGUGGCUAGUACCAUUUAAUAUAACUCAAUUAAUCAGAUUUGCUACAGCAAUUAGCAAUUUUUACUUUUAUUACCACGUCCCUUCAUAAGUCAUGCAUGUGCAACCAAACAAUAAAUAACAGGCAUAAAGCAACAUAUUUGUUUAACAUCGAGAAAUGUUAACUUAAAGGAAUAUUUUUUAUGACAAUGCAAAAAAAUCCUCUGAGCAAUUUAUCAAAAGUGUGGAUUUAGUUAUGCCAAUGGUAAUUGUGCAGUUAAUUAAUGAUGUGUUUACUGCCCAUAAGUAAUAUCUGGCAGGCCCUUUUAAUUGGGCUUUGAUACAAAUAAUUGUUCCAUAUUCUGAUUACAUGUAUGAGGAUCAAUAAUAUUAAAAAUCAAAAUAUUGUACUAUCUCCUUAUACAGCAAUGCACUUUAGAAUUUAGGAUUUAAGUUUGCCAAGACUUCUAACCAUUUUUGACAAAAACUUGCUCUGCGUUUUAUUAUUUUUGAGCUAUGUUCUUCAAGUGUUAGAAAAAUGAAAAUGCUGUUACCUUUUUCACUUUGAAAUUACUUUGGGAUAGUAAAUACCCUUAAACAAUACUCUGGGACCUUUGGAAUUAUGUAGCAAACUUGCAAAAAAGUAAGGCAAUAUACCAUCGCUACUGAUUUGCUUACUGUAGUACUUUGCUCAUUUGCACCUCUCCUGAAUCCUUAGUUUGGGUACAGCUCAGGGAGAGGUCACUGAGGGAUAUUUUCUUGAUAACAUGUACAGUAGGUUGUACUUGUGUACCAAGACAAUUAAUCCAUGGUGGAUUGUUAACUUGGUGAUGAUACUUGGAGUGACAUUCAGGUAAAUAUUAGGCUUUUUGUACAGACAUUGAUUUUUUUUUCUGCACUCUUUGUCAUUUGAUCUAUUAUACAGUGGUUAAAAAAUAAUAGAUGUAUUUUCAUAGGUAAUGUAAUUUUCUGCAACUUUGAUCAAGAAAUGUAAAUUCAUGUUUAGAAGUGUUGCUUUUGGUGUCAAAUAUGGUUUGUUUCAUUUCAUAGAAUUACUAUUUGAAGAGUAGCAGUUCUAUGAAAUCUCAGUUUAAAUAAAUGUUUGCUUCUGUAUACAUUUAUUUGGGGAAAUAUUUUGCAAUAAAAUUGAUAUUCUUUGUCA